UGUUUUAUCUCUCCUUGCAGACUCAGAUAAUCCGUUUUCAUGGAUAUCAUAGCGAGGAGCACCAAGUCCUGACAGAGGAUGGCUAUUUCCUCAGCAUGAACCGAAUUCCUUAUGGCAGAGAGGAUGCUGCAAACAGAGGACUAAGGUUACCUGUGUUGCUCCAGCACGGCUUGCUUUUAGAUGGUAGCAGUUGGGUUUCCAAUUUCCCUGAUACCAGCCUGGGCUUCAUCCUCGCAGAUGCAGGAUAUGAUGUUUGGAUAGGGAACAACAGGGGGAACAGCUGGUCCCGCAGACACCUGAACCUUUCGACUGACCAAGAGGAAUUUUGGGAUUUCAGUUUCCACGAGAUGGCCAUAUAUGACCUCCCAGCAAUGAUAAACUUCAUUCUGCAGAAGACUGGGCAGCAGAAACUCUACUACAUCGGCCAUGCUCAGGGCAGUGCUCUUGGUUUCAUAGCAUUUUCAGCUGUGCCACAGAUGGCUGAAAAAUUUAAAAUGUUCUUUGUUUUGGGUCCUGCCUACACUUUACAUAAUGCUAAAGGUCCCAUACUAAGUCUUUUCUAUCUUCCUGAGAAAUUAUUGAAGGUGAUAUUUGGCACAAAAGAGGGAGGUUUACUGGGAAGAACGCAGAGAGCUGCGCUUGCCAAGGCCUGCAGCUGUCAACUGCUCCACGUACUCUGUGCAGAUGGACUUUUCCUCGUGGGUGGAUUUGACAAGAAGAACUUGAAUGCAAGCCGAACAGAUGUGUAUAUAUCACACUUCCCAGACUACACAUCCGCUAAAAAUAUUAUCCACUGGAGUCAGACUGCCAAGACAGGGGAGUUCAAGCAGUUUGACUACGGGGAGAAGAACCAGGAGAAAUACCACCAGCCCUCACCUCCUUUUUACAGGAUAGAAGACAUGACUGUGCCAACAGCCGUGUGGAGUGGUGGGCAGGAUUGGGCUACCCCUACUUCGGAGACGAAACGCUUGCUCCCUCGCAUUCGUAACCUCAUACACCAUGAGCACUUCCCUGACUGGAACCACUGGGAUCAUAUCUGGGGUCUGGAUGCCCCUCAGCGCCUCUACAGGAAGAUUGUUGAUCUGAUGCAGAAAAGUCAAUGA